AUGUCGUCGUUACAUUACUUUUUUCUUUUCACUGGAAUUAUUGCUGCUAGCUUAAGAAAUGUUAGGGCUUUAACAGCAGAAGAGAUCUCGGCAGUAGAAGAUGCGGUGCAUCCUUUUGCGAUAGAAUGCGGUAAAGAAUUUGGCGUGACUGAGGAACAACUUAAAAAGGCAAGGGAAUCCGGGGAUACUAGCUCUCUUGACCCUUGCUUAAUUGCUUGCUUUGGGAAGAAAAUGGGAUUGAUCAAUGACAAAGGAAUGUUCGACGCAGAAAAGGCUACGGAAAUGACCAAGCAGUUUAUCGCAGACGAAGAAGCGCAAAAGAUUAUUAUGGAAAUAGUUAAUAAAUGCAGUUCAGUAAACGAGCAGUCGGUUGGCGACGAUCAAGGUUGUGAAAGAGCUGUACUGCUGACUGAAUGCUUUAAACCUUUGAAAGAUCAGCUUGCCGCCCUUCAAUAA